CGUCCUUGCUCUGCCACCACCACCCUCCCGCUUGCGCUCAGCUGGCGCCAUCAUGGGCGACGCGCCCGGCGCCGCGCUGCUCAUUCCCAAGCCUCCCUCGCCCGCUCUCCUCUCCGCCUGGCUCACGCGCCACUACUCGCUUCUCGACGCCGAGGCCGUCGCGGCCUCAUCCGCCUCGGCAUUGCUCUCUACAUCCGCCUCUGCCUCCCUGCUAGCCUCGCAUGGGCUCGCUCUCCUCUCCCUCUCGCCUGCUUCCGCACUGCGCAGCGGACCAGGCGGCACUCGCCUGCUCGACCUCUCCCGACCCGCGCAUUUCCACGCCGACGAGCGUCUCCCUGCCCACCAACUCCGCCCCGGCGACACGGUGCGCUGCGCUCUGCCCGACGCCAGCUCGACAGCCAAGCGCAAGGGCGGCGCCAAGGCAAAGGGAAAGGAGGAGCAGGGCAAGAAGAGACAAUGGGAGUGCCAGGCCGUCGUGUAUCGCACCUCCGAGAAGUGCCUCACGCUGAGUCUCAAGGGAGAGGAAGAGGAGCAAUGGCCGCCCAGUGUGCAUGUCUUCAAAGUGGCAGAUGAGAGUGUGGUGAAGCGCAUGCAGCAGUCGCUUCUGCGUCUGUCGAAACAACUCGACGUGCCCGUUGCACUUCCCGACGCCAAGUCCUCCUCCUCCAAGCCAUCCACCGUCGUCGUCGGCGCCGCCGCUGCCGCCGAAUCCUCAGCCUCGGAGGCAGAAGCAGAAGCCUCCUCUUCUCUUCCCCCCAGCUCAGCGCCCUCGACUUGCACACUCUCCUCCUCGCGUCCCGCCGUCAUCUCGCCGCUGCUGGGUCUCUCUUUGCCCACUUGGCGUGCUUCAUCAUCAUCAUCAUCGGAAGACGACGCAAGUGCGCUGUCGCUCUUCGACGUCUCCCUCAACGCCUCGCAGCGCUCUGCCCUCGACUUUGCCCUGCGUGCCAAUCACUUCGCCUUGAUCCACGGCCCGCCGGGCACGGGCAAGACGGCGACACUCACCGAGCUCAUCUUGCAGUUUGCCCUCGCGCCGGGAAAGGGCAAGGCGCAGAGAAAGAGGGUACUCGUGUGUGCGGCCAGCAAUCUGGCGGUGGAUAAUGUGCUGGCGAGAUUGCUGCAGACGAGGGAAUUGAGAGAGGAAAAAGUAGCAGUCACUAGAGUUGGUCAUCCAGCGCGAGUCCUCGCCUCGCUCAACGACGCCACGCUCGAGCAUCAGUGCUCUUACAGCGACGCCGGCGCUCUCCUUCGCGACGUCCACGCCGAGCUCGACGCGCUGCUCCUCUCGCUUUCGCCUGCCUCGUCUGCCUCGUCGGCGGGCAACAAGUCGACGUCGCGGCGCGGCGACUCUUCCUCGAAGCCUCUGCGGGGCAGCGCACGCAAGGAGGCGUGGAGUCGCGUAAGGGAACUGCGUGCGGAAGCGCGCAGGCGCGAGAGAAACGUGGCGACGAGCGUGCUGGAGCAGGCGAGCAUUGUGGCGGCGACAUGUCAUGGUGCUGCGGCGCGCGUGCUGCAGCGACAACACUUUGAUGUCGUCGUGGUGGAUGAGGCUUGCCAGGCGUUGGAGGCGCAGAUUUGGUGCGCACUGCAGAGGUUGAAGCCGCAUGGCACGCUCGUCCUCGCGGGAGAUCAUCGGCAAUUGCCGCCGACUGUGCUGGGCAGGAAGAAGGGCGACGGCAUCAAGAAGGAGAAGAAUGCAAAGCGAGGCAAGAAGAAGGAGCAGAAGAGGAGCGAGCAAAGAGAGAAGGAGAAGGGCGAGGAAGAGCGAGGGGAGAAGGAGAGGCGAGCCACCUCUCUGCGCCUGCCGCACUCGCUCGAAACGACCAUGUUUUCGCGCUUGCUGGGCAUGUACGGCGCUGGAUGCAAGGCCCUGUUGAAUGAACAGUACCGCUUCAACACCUCCAUCAUGGCCUUUCCCAAUCUGGCGCUGUACGACGGCCAGCUCGUCGCGCACGCCUCGGUCGCCUCUCGCUCGCUGCUGGAUCUGCCCGGCUACGCGCCUCUCGCCGGAGAUGCACAAGACGCAGACGAGGCACUCGAGGAACCUUGGGCGGCCAAAGUCGUGUUUUACGAUACGUCUGGCGCGGACAUGUAUGAGACGUCUGGGUCCAUCUCCACCUCCUCCAAGCAGCCGGCCUCGCUCUCGUCCUCCUCGAAAUGCAACGCCCACGAAGCCGAGCUGGUGCGGCGCCACGUGGCGCUGCUCCUUGCCCACGGCCUUCCGCCCACGCACAUCUCCGUGCUGGCGCCGUAUGCGAGCCAGGUGGCGCUGCUUGCGAGCACGCUGCGAGGCGAAUGGCCAGAGCUGGCGCUGGAUGUGGGCACGGUGGAUGCGCAGCAGGGACGGGAGAAUGACGUGGUGAUCCUCUCUCUCACACGCUCAAACGCCACGUCGCGCGUCGGCUUCCUGGCGGAGAAGCGGCGCCUCAACGUGGCCAUGACGCGCGCGCGCCGCCAGCUCGUCGUCGUGGGCGACGGCGCCACGCUCGGCGGGUGCGGCGAUGCGUAUCUGAGGCGCUGGAGCGAAUGGCUGGAGAUGGAGGCCGUGUGUGAGGCGGUGGUGCUGCAAUGAGAUGCCGAUGCGCAUCAGGAAAGAGAGGGAGGGGGGGGCAGCAGCAGCGGCAGCAGCAGCAGCAGCAGCAGCAGCUCGGGAGUCGGAC